AUGUCUGCACCCCACGACCAGAACCGUCAUCCCCGCCGCCGUCCUCUUAAGGGUUCCGCAUCCCCCCUCAGCACCCAUGGCAUGCAGCUCCGGAAGAGCGGUACAUUCUCGUCGCCAACCCACAUAUCGACCGACAUCUGUGAGGUCGACCGAUACUUCAUGCCCCGCCGCUCACCGACCAGCACUGAGAGACUAGAGGAGCUAGUCAACGACUCCAUCCAAGACCCUAGCGUACGUCGCGUCACCAACCUGCUCAAGGACUUCGAGGCGAGGGUCGCUGGCCAUAAGAGCGCUGCUGCCGGCUCUGACCUUCUCAACGACCCGGAGGUCCUUCCUGUUCCGAGCUUUGUCCUCGAUAGCACCUCAUUGGACCACACCCCGAUGGACAUAGACUCCAAGCCUACUGCAGUUCAACGCAGCCCCCACGACCACGCUUCUGACAGCGGUCUGGGUUCCAGCGUCAGUGGAUCGAAAUACGGUAAGGAGUCACUGCAGCUACCCGUCUUGGACGAGAACGCCCCGCAUUCUAACAUAUAUAAAGACGACAUUCGCACCCAGCGCUUGAGCGUCCGUGAAUCUAUCAGCACUUCCAUCAGCUCAACGCACUCGGCUGUCACCAGGUCCUUCUCUGCACUCAGUGCCCCAGAAGAGGAUCACGUGCUCGGCGAGUACACGUGCAAGCAGAUCCACGACUUCAUCGUCAAGCCCAUUCUUGCCGAGGAGUCCCUCAAAGACUUUCACUCCCUCGUCAAGGACGUUCCCCGACGCAUAGGUGAGAAGAACAUCCGAAAUCUUCGUGACCUCGAGAAGACCCUCAUCUUCCUCGCACCGGUAAGUGGAACCACCCGUUGUCUUUCUCAAAGUGCAGUAGCUUAUUGCAUUUUUCGUGGUUUAAAGGAGCUGUCGGCUACCCCGGAUUCGUACUCCCGCUUCUGCGAACGAUCAAUCCAACUCUUGGCUACGACCGUCCAGUACAUCUCCGAACAAGACCAGCGACUACCAACCGACCGCCCUUAUACUGACGGCUACUUCCUCGAUUUGAUGGAACAGAUUAGACGAUACGCUUCAAUUAUGGCUGCUACAAGAGAAAAAGAAUCCAAGGGUGAAGACCUCGACGAGAUGGAUUACUCACGGUAUGACCGCGCCGCCGACUUUCUAUUCGCCCGCACUAAUCAAAUGAUCCACAGCGAUGAGAAGAUCACGCUUCGUGGUGGCAUCAGCCACAACGGCCGUCCUGUCGAGCUGGUUAGGGAGAAGAAUGGCAAAGUCGUGCCCAUUUCAGAGGAUGCCUCAAAAGCCUUCAGGAUCAAGCGUCGCCUUUCGGACGCUUCCGUGGACAGCAUGGACGAUGACGAAGUAACCCGUUCAAUGGCGCGCCGACGCAAGUCCGAGAAGCCCGGAGACGUGAUGCACACUUGCCGCGACUGCAAGAAGGAGUUUAAGCGACCCUGCGAUCUGACCAAGCACGAGAAGACCCACUCUCGCCCGUGGAAGUGCUCUGAGAAGAACUGCAAGUACUUUGACCUCGGCUGGCCGACUGAGAAGGAACGUGACAGGCAUAUGAACGACAAGCACUCUGCUGCCCCUGCCCAGUACAAGUGUCUCUACCCUCCAUGCUCGUACGCCUCAAAGCGCGAGUCCAACUGCAAGCAGCACAUGGAGAAGGCUCAUGGCUGGGAGUAUGUUCGCUCCAAGAGCAACGGUCGCAAGAAGGGUCCUACUGGCAACGAAAACAGCCCCACCACUCCUCUUACUCCCUUCAUUAGUACACCCAUGUCGGCGACUAUGACUACGCCCAUCACACCUUUCGUUCCUUCGCCUCAAGUGCCCAUGAUCGAUAACUUUGAUUUCUACGGCGUUAAUACUCCAGCUAUGAGUCACCACGGCUUCCAAGACGAUUUCCGUCGUGACUCGAUCACGACUGAUGGUUCUCACUUUACCUACUCAUCUGGACAUUCGCCCACUGAGCCCACAUCCUUUGAGGAUGCUGUAACCCCAGAAGACGCCCAUAUCAACCACAACGACGUCUACAACGCCUGUAAUUUGAACGCAAACUUCAACACAGGCUUCCAGCAGCCAACUCCAAUGAGCACGGCGUUCGACUACGCGCCGCUGCCAUUCACGGCGAACAGCACCAUGAACGGUUUGCCGCACCUAUCACCAAUGGCUCAGCCUGACGUCACUCUCUUCUCACCACACAUGGAUGAGGGUUUCGGUGGUGACAUGGACAUGGACAUGACCAUGCAAGGCUUCGGUCGCCCCACCGAGGACUUCACGUUGUUUGACCCAGCGCCACCCAGCCAGAUGGCGUUCAACAACACGUCCAACUUCUUCCCCGACUUCAACCAGCUUGGAGGGCAAUUCGACAACUUGUACGCCGAGCCCACCACUACAUUGGAUGACUUGACCUUUAUGGGUUAUGGGAACCAGCAGUAA